AUGUUGCUCAUUAUCGUGGACGCCUAUAGCAAGUGGUUGGAAGUCAGAGUAACCAAGUCCACGACAUCAGCUGCUACGAGCCGAAUCCUCGACAACCUUUUUGCAACGUUUGGGGCACCAGUCAUCCUGGUUUCGGACAAUGCUCCUCAAUUUACAUCCGCAGAGUUCAAAAACUUUUUGAUGAUGUCUGGCGUGAAGUACCAUAAGCUCACAGCUCCUUACCAUCCCUCGACAAACGGCCAAGCUGAAAGAUGCGUACAGACGGUCAAGGACGCCCUGCGCGCGAUGUCAACAACCGAGAGCACUCUUCAAAGCAACAUCAACUAG